AUGACUGACAAUUCAGAUGAGGCUGAAGGAGUGACCCCUGGUGCGGCCGAAGAGGUGGAUAGCGACGAAGACGCUAGCAAAGAGGUGCUCGUAGUGCUUGCCGAUGAUGACUCAGACGUAGUGACCUGGGUUGCUGCAUCGCUUGUCGUACUGAAGGACGCAGAGGUGGAAGAAGUAGAAGAUGCGGGCAAAGUCGAGCUUGAAAUGGUAGUUGUGGAUUCGGCGGUCGAGCUGGCGAAAGAUGUCGUUGAGCUUGAGAAAGAUGACUCUGAACUUGCGAUCAGACUAGCUGGAUCAAUCGUUGGGCUCGAAGAAAGAGACAGCCCGGUCGAACUUGACGAAGAGGAAAGCGACGAACUGGACGUGGCCUCAGUUGAGCUUUCGGAAUCGGAUACGGACGACGAGCUUCGAUUUGAACUCGAGGAAAGAGGAGAAGUGGCACCAGUCGUCGGCGAUUCUGUAAACGUCGAGGCAAGACUAGCGGGGUCAAUUGUUGGAGCAGCAGAUGAUGAGCUACUCGUAGACGUGGUGCUGGUGAUGGAUGAUAAUGUAUCAGAGGCAAUAGUGGAGCUUGAUGCAGAAAGAAUUCCGGAUGAGCUUCUCGAGUCGAGAGACGAGGAAGUUGUCUCGGUGUUUGCCGUUGUUGACCCGGUAGAUGUCGGUAGCAAGGUAUUUAUCUCAGCAGUAAUCUGA